CACAGUCCCCGCGUCUCCCGCCUCCAUCAGUACCGAAGGUAACUCCGCUGCGUGCGUAAAGCUCCUGGACACUCACGCAUCGCGCUCACAGUUUCAACGUCUGCUCUACUUCUUCCGAGAUUAAAGAAAACCAAUCUUCGGUUGACAUUAGACUUACGUAACAAAAAAAAAAAAAGAAAAAAGAAAAAAAGAGAGACCAAUUGUCCAGCAAUUUGAAAACAUUGUCGGCAGAGCUUUUUUUUUUUUUUUUUGGCACAUUUUCGGAUCAGCUUGAACUAAAUGCAUCGCACUCAAACUGACGCACUACCGAUCCGGGUCGUUCAAGUUGAGAGUAAAAAUGUGCAAAGAAAAUAGAAGAUACAGAGGGAGCUAACUGGACUUCUUUGGAUUUAUUUGUCGGUGCCUUUAUAAAGGAUUCAAUCAAACUUAUGGCGUGAAGGGCCACUCCCUGGCCUCCAUCACUCACAGCUAAUGGAUGUCUUUGGCCAGUAUGCCUACAAUGACAGUUUCAACGAUAACGGAACGUGGCACUUCAACGAAACAGAGCAAGAACAGAGGCAUCUUUACAACUACUAUGCCAUGCUCCUCACGCUGCUCAUCUUUGUCAUUGUCUUUGGCAACGUUCUGGUGUGCAUGGCUGUGUCGAGGGAAAAGGCUCUGCAGACCACUACCAACUACCUGAUCGUCAGCCUGGCUGUUGCUGAUCUUCUGGUGGCCACCCUGGUUAUGCCCUGGGUUGUCUAUCUGGAGGUAGUGGGAGAGUGGCGCUUCAGCAAGAUCCACUGUGACAUAUUUGUCACCCUUGAUGUGAUGAUGUGUACAGCAAGCAUCCUCAAUCUAUGUGCCAUCAGCAUCGAUCGAUACACAGCGGUGGCAAUGCCGAUGCUGUACAACACGCGCUACAGCUCCAGGAGACGAGUCACCGUAAUGAUCUCUGUUGUCUGGGUUCUCUCCUUUGCUAUAUCAUGUCCCCUGCUGUUCGGCCUCAAUAACACAGCAACCCGCGACGCAUCUCUCUGUGUCAUUGCCAACCCUGCCUUCGUGGUGUACUCCUCCAUCGUGUCCUUCUACGUACCCUUCAUCAUUACUCUGCUGGUUUAUGUGCAAAUUUACGUGGUCCUGAGGAAGCGCAGGAAACGUGUGAACACAAAGCCAAAGCGGCGUGUGUGUCAGCCUGCUGACACCGAUGUAGCAACUUCACUGAGGGAUAAGUGCACUCAUCCAGAAGAUGUAAGGUUGUGCACCAUGAUUGUGAAGUCCAAUGGAAGCCUACCUGCCAACAAGAAAAAAGUGAUUUUCAUCAAAGAAGCUGCCACCGACGGGGAUGACUUGGAGCUGGAUGAGCUGAACAACAGCGGCAGCAGCCAGAGGCAAAGACAUCAGACACACAGUGCCCUUGGAGACACUCCGGCCACUAGCCACCAGCAGCUAAUGCCCAACAAGGCCAACACUAGCCCCACCUCCACGCCACCCACACCCCCCGAGGACGGCCACAAAGCAGAAAAGAACGGCGAGCCCAAGGAGGCCCUGGCUGACCCGGCACCAGUUGUAGCCAAAGCCUUCCAGACACAGGCGCUACCUAAUGGCAAGACUCAAUCCUCUGUCAAAAACAUGAGCAAGAGGAAGAUCUCCCAACAGAAAGAGAAGAAAGCCACUCAGAUGUUAGCCAUUGUCCUCGGUGUAUUCAUCAUAUGUUGGCUGCCGUUUUUCAUCACCCAUAUCUUGAACACCCACUGCACCAAAUGCAAAGUUCCCGCUGAGAUGUACAACGCUUUCACUUGGCUGGGCUACGUGAACAGUGCUGUAAAUCCCAUCAUAUACACCACCUUUAAUAUCGAGUUCAGGAAGGCGUUCAUUAAAAUCCUGCACUGCUAAGCUGCCGCAUCCCUUACAGAUCAGACUGAGGGAAAGGGCACAAAAUAAAGGGUCUGGCAAAUACCUCAUCCUGUGAAAGGAAAAUGCACCACAUGGGGGGGGGAACUGAAAAGUUACUAAAAAACUGGCAGUGUCUUUUUGGAAGGCGCGUUGAUUAUGUGUGUGUGAGUUGUUUGUGGAGUCCUGUUCUCCAGAUAACUGAAUGUAAAACAAGAAAAGUCUGUAACAAUGAUCUGUUUAUGGAGAAAAAAAAAAAAAACUAACACUAUUCUCUAAAAUCAUUGUGUGUGUUAUGUAAGGAGCCAUCUGUGUAUACCACACACAUGCAAGUAGCAUACUGCUAUUUAUUGUGUGCGUACUCCAUGUUUCCACGACGGAAAAGCUACGACGUCAGUGUUCAUCGCAGUGUUGAUAUCGAUGCAUCUGGUCUUACUCUUGGAAUCUCUUACGGGUUGGGAAUGUGUCGGGAAAAGGGAGGAUUUACUUACUGUACAAUGUGACGAUGCCAAUAUUUGCAAUUUUGCAUUUUAUAAAUAACCUGAUAUUGUAUCUUAAUGAAUCAGAAUAUCAUUGAGAAAUUAAUUUCUUUCAUUAAUUCAGUUCUAAAAGUGAAACUUAUAAAUUCAUUACAUGCAGAGUGAUAUGUUGUUUGUAUUUAUUUCUGAUCAUUUUAAUUAUUAUGGUUUGCAACUGAUAAAAACCUGAAAUUCACUUUCUAAGAAUUGUGGUUUACUAAAAAAGUAACGUCCACAAUACUUUGUCUGAGCUACUACGCGGUUACUCUGUCAGGUUAAACUCAAUAACAUAGAGGGAUGCCAUAUUCAUUUUUAGUAAAACACCAAGUGCUACACACUUUCUCCUUCUACACAACUUUCCCUCCGUUUGCUAGGAUAGAAUACUACAUGGUCAAUCUUAAAUAUUUUGUCGAACAAAAUGUUAGGUUUUCAUUAGCUGUAAGCCAUAAUCAUCUUAAUUAGCAGAAAUAAAUGUUGGGGUUGUAUUACUCUUUUCUGUAAUGACUAUAAUUGAGUCUCACUUUUUGAAUUUAUAUUUUGACAGAAUUAAUCUUUUGAUAAUAUUUUAUUUAUUGAGAUGCAUGUAUUAUUAUUAUUAUUGUUAUUACCAUAAAUAUUAUUUUCAUUUUCUGUAUUGUACAUAGUUUUCAUAACACAUUACCUGUGAAUAUAUGCCUGCAAUGGAAAAGUGAUGCAUGCUACACUGCUCCUCUACUUGACUUUUCAUGAGAUGUAUGUUACAA